AUGUCUUUUGAAUGGCCUGCUCGUUUUGUUGACCUGAAGCACAAGAUUGUGGCUUCCACGCCUGGCUAUCAGGAACGUCUCACCAGUUCCUGGGUCGACCUUCUCGCUGAACUUGAGAAGCGUUCACAAGAAGUUGUCAAAGAGGGACCCAAUUAUAUCCCUCAGGUCAAAUUCGCAGACCUCGAAAAACUUGCGCCAGAAGAGGUUGACCUUAUUCGCCGCAAAGGCUCAGUUGUGAUUAAAGACGUCGUAGAUGACAAUGAAGCGGCCAGCUGGAAGACUGCACUAGAAGAGUUCAUCAAGGCCAACCCUCACGUAGAAGGGUUCCCGGAGCAUGAUAAGCAAUUCUUCCAGCUUUACUGGACGAGAUCUCAAGUGCGCGCUCGCGCUCAUCCUAACGUUCUCAAAGCCGAGGCUUGGCUUAAUAACUUGUACCAUGUCAAAUCGGGCGCCACAAUAGAGGGAGUUGACCUCUCUACCCCUCUCGUAUACGCAGAUCGAUUCCGUAUUCGUCAUCCAGGAGUACAGUGGGAUGCUCACCCUCCUCACGUAGAUGGUGGUGCUAUCGAGCGUUGGGAAGACGCUAACUUCCGUCGUUGUUAUGCGGAUAUCCUGAGCGGUAACUGGCGCGAACAUGACCCCUAUGAAUUAGAAGGUCGUCUGGAUGCUCGUAGCUCUCUCUAUGGUAGACCUGGCCAGGCCACUGUAUUCAGGACUUUCCAAGGCUGGUUGGCUAUGAGCGAAACUGCCCCUACUCAGGGAACUUUAAGAGUAUUCCCUGAUGUCGCUUUGUCGAACUCGUACACCAUUCUUCGACCAUUCUUCAAACCUACCGUACCCCUUGAUUCCCCAGAUAUUCUUGAUGCAAAGAACUGGGUAUUCGACAUUUCGUCACCGGAAUUUCCAGGAAUCCAGCCCCGUGACAAUGGAUUCAUUGGUCCGCGACCUACACCCGACUUGCACCCGCAUCUCCGACUUCAUGAAACCAUGACUUCUGUACCUAAGGUCAAUCCAGGAGACAUGGUCUUCUGGCAUUGCGAUGUUGUCCAUUCUGUUGAGCAAGAGCAUACCGGCACAGGUGACUCUGCAGUGAUGUACAUUCCCGCUGUGCCAAAGACUCCCAUGAACUCGGACUAUGUGAAGAGGCAGGCGGAAACUUUCCUUGCUGGUAUCAAUCCUCCAGAUUUUGUCAAGAGCAAGGAGGGAACGGUUUUCGUGGGACUCGGAACUACUGAGGAUGUUGUGGAACCCAUAAGUAGGAUCGCUAUGGGUCUUCCUAUCGAAGUUGCAUGA